AUCAAAAGCCGAGGACAUGAAACACUUCCUGUUUUUAGCUCCGUAAACUCGUGGAUAGCAGUUUCCAUGAUACUGUAAUGUUAUGCAGGUGAAGAUCAUGAAUUUACUCUGUCACUCGCGGAAAGUGCUGUCCUCGGUGUUGAGAAGUAGUGUUUUACUAAAGAGAACAGAGGCUUUUGGAAGCGUUUGUUCAAUCUCCAAAGCUCGGUGCAUUAGCCUGUCUGUGCCUCAACAUUUUACAGCAAAUCUGACCUCAUGUCAACACUCGCAUCACACAGCGUCCUUCACCGGGCACUUUGACAUAAAAAGAUGUUAUUCGGAAAGCGAAGAGAGCCGAAAUUCAGAGAGUAAUGGCGUGAUUGAAGAUGAUUCACAUGAGCUGGACGCUAAUAGCAGCGAAAACAGCUCCCUAAGUCGCAGAUCCUUGGAGACUUUCAGUCUUGAUGUGCUGGUGUCUCUUCUGCGUCAGGAAAAUGCAGUGGACCUCUGUGUGAUUAAAGUACCAGAGCAAAUCAAAUACGCUGAGUACUUCAUUGUCGUCAGCGGUGUGUCACCAAGGCACUUGCGCGCAAUGGCACUUUAUGCCAUUAAAGUGUACAAGUUUCUGAAGAAAGAUGGAGAUCCAAAUGUCAAGAUUGAAGGGAAAGAUGCAGAAGAUUGGAUGUGUAUUGACUUUGGUAAUAUGGUUGUUCAUUUCAUGCUGCCAGAGACUAGAGAAGUGUAUGAACUCGAAAAACUUUGGACUCUCCGCAGCUACGAUGAGCAGCUGAAGAGCAUCCCAACUGAGACACUUCCAGAGGAUUUCAUAUUUGAUGUUGAAGUUACAAAGUGACAACAUCUAAGGCUAAAUAAUAAGAUGUGCCCAGACUGAACUACUUCCUUUGAGUUUUUUGAUGCAUUCUUUACAGUCAUAUUAACUGUACUCUAUCCAUUAUAUCUCAUCUGGCCAAAGGACCAAUGAGCAUAAUAUCCCAUGGCAAGACAUCCAUCUGUCUGCAGUUCACAAGAAUUGUUACUCCUACUACUGGCCAGAUUUUAAUAAAACUUGCACACAAUGAACAUAUACUCCAAAUUGUUCUCAAGGUCAAGAUUCCAUUUUGCCAGAUGAGCUACUAUCUGAAAUUUUUAAUGGACCAUAAAGAAAAAAAUACAUGCUUUUGGCUGUUUAGAAAUUGUGGCAUCACAUAACUUGUCCAACGAAGUAUGUACCGACUCCAGUGUUUACAACACUCUCAGCAAAGCUGUGCAAGCAGUGGUUCACUUAAGAAGGGUCUUCAUUCUGAAAAAUUCUGCAGAGAAAAUGGAUGAGUAGUAGUUUUUAUUGUUCUUUUACUUGAAUGCAUGUGUAGUUGGUAAUACUAUGUGAAGAAUAGAAAGUACGAUGCUGUAACAUCAAAUAUGCAGAAACAACAAAUUGUGUAGACUUAUGCAUGGUGCCUUACACUUUGUUAUGACAUACACACCACUCGGACACAGGCUCUUGCAAAAUUGCAGAUAUAGAAAGCAUGUUACUGACGUGACCCCUGCAGAAAGAUGAUGUGAUGGAUGUCACACUUUAAAAAUUUCAGAUCAAACAAACUCUAAUAUUAGACUAAGACAACCUGAGUAAAUGCAAAAUGCAAUUUUUAAAUUAUUUCAUUUAUUAAAAGAAAAAGGGUACCCAAAUCUACUUGGCCAUAAUUGAAAAAGUAAUUGCCCUUUAAACCUAAUAACCGGUAGUUCCACCGUUUGUCGGCAAGAACUGGAAUCAAGCAUUUGUGAUAAUAAUCCAGCAGUGAGUCUUUCACAUCACUGUGGAGGAAUUUUGCCCCACUCCUUCUUUGCAGAAUUGUUUUAAUGCUAUUUUGGGUGAGCCAAUACUGAUGCAAUUAAUGCUUGAGUUUUCUAGUGCAGAUAGCCUGCUUAAGGUCAUGACAACCCAUCUCAAUCUGAUUUGAGUCCAGGCUUUGACUAGGCCACACCUGGUGUGUUUUGGAUCAUUGUCCUGCUGCAUAACCCAAGUGCCCUUGAGCUUCAAGACAUGAACAUUCUCCUUUUCAGAAUCGUAAAUAUCAAGAACUCUGACCUUAACUAAUGCAAGUGGGGCCUGCCAACAUUUACAAUGAUAGUGAUUUAUCUGUGAUAGGCUAAUGUAUACUUGUAUACUGGUCAGUAUUUUUCUUUAGAUAAAUAAUCCAGAAACCCAAGACCUUUUGUGUUUAAAAAUUGCCAACCUCUAAUUAAUCUGUUAAUAAAUUUUUCAUACUGUUUGACAUCACUGGUACGGUGAUAUGGUGUUUGUAAAAUAUUGAAAUGACUCAUGAGUUUGCAGAUAAAAUGUAUGUUUUAUCCUGUUUAGAUUGUUGAAGUAAAUUAUUUUUUCUUACAUUUUAGAUGUGUUGAUUGAUGAUUAAUAUGGUGUGGAGGUGAGGACAAAGAGGCAGAUGUUGCUGUUGAGCAGAUGAAAUGCAUAGGUUCGGUGUUGAUUCAGUCUCCUCAGGUGUGAAUAUACUUAUUCACAAGCACCUGCAACUGUGUCUGAACAGCAAGAGCUUUUUACUAUUUUAAGCCUGACAGCAGCAAAGCAGUAUUCACAUUUGCAGGUAUAAUUUAAAAAAUAGUCUGUAUUUAAAAUAUAUUUAAGUCUCAGAAACAAAUUUUCUGCAAAAUUCAAGCAAGAAUAAAUAAA